UCGGCCACCGUGGCGUUGGUUGCCAUGGUGCUGUAACGGGCCUGCAGAAUGUCGCUGUCCGCGCUGCCGCUGUCUCCCGCCCGGGUGUUCGCGGAGCUUUUAGCCCCGCCGCUCGGGGCUCGCGGGCGGGAGAACGAGCCGGUGCCGGGGCUCCUCGGCGGCCGCAGCACCGCAGUGCCGCCAGGGCGGGAGGUUCACGUGAGCGGCAGCGCGGAGCUGUGUGCGGCCCCGGACCGGGCGCGGGUCUCCAUCCGGCUGGGGAGCAGGAAGGGGGAGGCCGGGGAGGCGCGGAGCAGCGUGACCCGGCGGCUGGAGUACAUCGCGCAGAGCGCCCGGCAGCGCGGGGUGCAGGAAGAAAAUGUGACUGUGACAAAGGAUUUUAGUAGAGUAGAAAAUGCUUAUCAAAUGGAAGCAGAGGUCUGCAUUACAUUUAGUGAUUUUGGAAAAAUGCAGAACGUUUGCAACUUACUAAUUGAGAAACUGGGUAGUUCUGUUAUCAUCAGUCCACCUCACUUCUACCAUACAGCAGAGGCUGUAGACACCCUUCGGCGUCAAGUGUGUCUUGCUGCUGUUGGGAACACACGUCGAAAAGCUCAAGAGGUCUGUCGACUGUUCGGCCAGUCACUGGGAAAACCACUGCUUAUCAGAGAAGAGGAAAUGAAAGAAUGGGAAGGACAAAUAGACAGUCACCCAUCCAACUCCUCAAAUACACUGACUGUGCAGCAGAGAAUCCAAAGUGCCACUAUUUAUGCUGCUUCAAAAAUAUUUGCUAUUUUUGAGAUAAAGGGACGAGAAAAGAGAAACAAGCGUAUCUAGAAGCAUGUUAAAGCAUUUUUCUUAUUUGUCUCUGACAAAUCUUGGAAUAAAUUUAUGUAGUUUAAAGUACAAAUUUA